AUGGAGUAAAUCAAACUUGAAUUAGCAUUAUUUCCUUUAGUUUAAAGAAAAAUAAUCGAUAAAACUAUAGGAAGGAAAUUGAUUCUAAUUUUGUAAUGGGGUGAUAAGGAAUUUAUAGGUAUUGAUAAAAAGUAUCAAAAUGUAUUUUCUUUAGGGGUCAAGUAGGUAGUAAGAAGAGGUCAAUUGUCGUGGUUGAAUAAAGUCUCUAAUCAUAAAUGAUAGAGAGUAUCGCAGGUAAUCUUAUUGUUUACACUCCAUCAAAAAUGGUGUGA